CGCGGACCCCUCCGCACCGGGUCCCCGCUGGAACUGCCGAGGCGUCUCCCCCAGGAGCUGGAUCCCAGCCAGUCGGGCGUUCCCGCCAUGAGCCAGAGCCCAGCGUUCCGGCCCGGGAGGGGAGGCUCUCCCGGGGUGGCUAGCCGGGACCGCGCGCGGCGCAACGAGAGCCAAGACUAUCUGCUCAUGGACUCGGAUCUGGGAGACGACGGCUGUCCGCAGCCCUCCCUGCCUCCCUACGGCUACUACCCUUGCUUCCGGGGCACCGACAGUAGACUGACCCACCGGCGGCAGACAGUUCUCCGUGAGAAGGGGAGAAGGUUAGCUAACCGAGGACCAGCAUACAUGUUUAAUGAUCACUCAACAAACCUAUCUAUUGAGGAGGAACGCUUUUUAGAUGCAGCUGAAUAUGGCAACAUCCCAGUGGUAAGGAAGAUGUUAGAAGAAUGCCUCUCACUCAAUGUUAACUGUGUGGAUUACAUGGGCCAGAAUGCCCUGCAGCUGGCAGUGGCCAAUGAACAUCUGGAAAUUACAGAACUUCUUCUCAAGAAAGAAAAUCUGUCUCGUGUUGGGGAUGCCUUACUUUUAGCCAUUAGUAAAGGUUAUGUUCGGAUUGUGGAAGCCAUUCUCAGUCAUCCAGCUUUUGCUGAAGGCAAGCGGUUAGCAACCAGCCCCAGUCAGUCUGAACUCCAGCAAGAUGAUUUUUAUGCCUAUGAUGAAGAUGGAACACGGUUCUCCCAUGAUGUGACUCCAAUCGUUCUGGCUGCCCACUGCCAAGAAUAUGAAAUUGUGCACACCCUCUUGCGGAAGGGUGCUCGGAUUGAACGGCCUCAUGACUAUUUCUGCAAGUGCAGCGAAUGCAACCAGAAACAGAAGCAUGACUCCUUCAGCCAUUCCAGAUCUAGAAUUAAUGCCUACAAAGGCCUGGCAAGCCCAGCUUACCUGUCAUUGUCUAGUGAAGAUCCAGUCAUGACAGCUUUAGAGCUUAGCAAUGAGCUGGCAGUGCUGGCCAACAUUGAGAAAGAGUUCAAGAAUGACUACAAAAAACUGUCAAUGCAGUGCAAAGAUUUUGUUGUUGGACUCCUCGAUCUGUGCAGAAAUACUGAAGAAGUAGAGGCCAUUCUGAACGGGGAUGUUGAAAUACACCACAGUGGUGGAGAUCACGGUCGUCCAAAUCUCAGCCGUUUAAAACUUGCCAUUAAAUAUGACGUAAAAAAAUUUGUAGCUCAUCCGAACUGUCAACAGCAGCUUCUGUCCAUAUGGUAUGAGAACCUUUCCGGUUUGCGGCAGCAGACCAUGGCAGUCAAGUUUCUUGUGGUCCUCGCCGUUGCCAUCGGACUGCCUUUCCUGGCUCUCAUUUACUGGUUUGCUCCAUGCAGCAAGAUGGGGAAGAUAAUGCGUGGCCCAUUCAUGAAGUUUGUAGCACAUGCAGCCUCCUUCACCAUUUUUCUGGGGCUACUAGUCAUGAAUGCAGCUGACAGAUUUGAAGGCACCAAACUCCUUCCUAAUGAAACCAGCACAGAUAAUGCAAAACAGCUGUUCAGGAUGAAAACCUCCUGCUUCUCAUGGAUGGAGAUGCUCAUUAUUUCCUGGGUAAUAGGCAUGAUAUGGACUGAAUGUAAAGAAAUUUGGACUCAAGGCCCCAAGGAGUACUUGUUUGAGUUGUGGAAUAUGCUUGAUUUUGGAAUGUUGGCAAUCUUUGCAGCAUCAUUCAUUGCAAGAUUCAUGGCAUUUUGGCAUGCUUCCAAAGCCCAGAGCAUCAUUGAUGCAAAUGAUACUUUGAAGGAUUUGACAAAAGUCACAUUGGGAGACAAUGUGAAAUACUACAAUUUGGCCAGGAUAAAGUGGGACCCCUCUGAUCCUCAAAUUAUAUCUGAAGGUCUUUAUGCAAUUGCUGUAGUUUUAAGUUUCUCCAGAAUAGCCUACAUUUUACCAGCAAAUGAAAGCUUUGGACCUCUGCAGAUAUCACUGGGAAGAACAGUGAAAGACAUCUUCAAGUUCAUGGUCAUAUUCAUCAUGGUGUUUGUGGCCUUUAUGAUUGGAAUGUUCAACCUCUAUUCCUACUACAUUGGUGCAAAGCAAAACGAAGCCUUCACAACAGUGGAAGAGAGUUUUAAGACCCUGUUUUGGGCUAUAUUUGGACUUUCUGAAGUGAAAUCAGUGGUCAUCAACUAUAAUCACAAAUUCAUUGAAAACAUUGGUUAUGUUCUUUAUGGAGUCUAUAAUGUUACAAUGGUUAUUGUUUUGCUAAAUAUGUUAAUUGCAAUGAUCAACAGUUCAUUCCAGGAAAUUGAGGAUGAUGCUGAUGUGGAGUGGAAAUUUGCAAGGGCCAAACUUUGGUUUUCCUACUUUGAGGAGGGAAGAACUCUUCCUGUUCCCUUCAACCUGGUGCCAAGUCCAAAGUCCCUGUUUUAUCUCCUACUGAGGCUUAAAAAAUGGAUUUCUGAGCUGUUCCAGGGCCAUAAAAAAGGUUUCCAGGAGGAUGUGGAAAUGAACAAGAGAAAUGAAGAAAAGAAAUUUGGAAUUCUGGGAAGUCAUGAAGACCUUUCAAAAUUAUCACUUGACAAAAAACAGUUUGGACAUAGUAAACAAUCAAGCUUAAGAAGUUCAGAAGAUUUCCAGUUAAACAGUUUCAAUAAUCCUCCAAGACAAUAUCAGAAAAUAAUGAAGAGGCUCAUUAAAAGAUAUGUAUUACAAGCCCAGAUAGAUAAGGAGAGUGAUGAAGUGAAUGAAGGGGAACUGAAGGAAAUUAAACAGGACAUCUCAAGUCUCCGCUAUGAACUUCUUGAAGAAAAAACUCAAAAUUCAGAAGACCUGGCAGAACUUAUUCGAAAACUUGGGGAGAAAUUAUCAAUGAAACCAAAUCAAGAGGAAAGCAAUAGAUAAUGCAAAGUCUUUCUUUAAAAUUCAUAUUUAUUUGUCCACUUGAAGCCAUGUUAUUUUCUGAUUUAUUUUUUUAAGUGCCAAUAUGACCAGCUUUUAAAGAAGAAAAAGUUCAAAGAUAACUUGGGUCAUCCUAUUAUUUGGAACUCUACUCUUUAAUAUUUUUGGUGAUUAAAUUUCAUUAUUCAGGCUAAAAGUUUGCAGAUUAUGAUGAAAAUCAUGCCCAGUUGUUUUGUGCUUGUUUUGUAAACUGCUUUCUUGGGUACAACUAUUGUGAUGAUGUGAUUGCCAUGUAGUGUCUGCCUGGGAAUCAUUUUAGCUGGCAGGGCAGACACACCAUAUUGUGCUAUUUCCCUGAUGGAUAUUUCAGGUACCUUCUUGCCUGCUCUAUGGAUCCCUUGCUGGUGACUUCCAGACUUGAAAUCUAGAGAAAAAUAAUCUCUUGCCAUUUAGAGAAUACUCUUUAAUCAUCUACCCUUGUUAGCCCCCACAGAAUAUGAUUGAUAAUAUCUGUGCAAAAUGGGGUUAAAUCUUUCCUAAAUUUUCUGCAUUGCUUUGAAAAUGUUACACUUACCAGUGAAAAUGUGUUUCCUUCACUGAACUCUGGAAACAUAGUUCAGUUCUGUGUGUGUGUGUGUGUGUGUGUUUGCACAUGUGCAUGUGAAAUACUUGUCCUAUUUUCUUUUGCAGCCAAUACAGAUACUCAAAAGCUCUUUAUAUUAUACUUUUUAUUGUACAAUGUACAAUUUUUUAUUUUAUUGAAAAAUUAUUGGCCAAAUAAGAACACUUUAUUGGAGAAGUAUCAAAGCCACAAACAAUUAUCGUUAUUUGCUUCAAUUAUAGCACAAUUUUUGUGCCAUUACCAAGGGGCUUCACAGGUGAAUUCCUAAGUUUGGCCUCAAAUGUAAAGGAAAAAAUGUGUUGAGGGAACUUGCAAAUACUUAGCAUGUCCUACCCUCCUCUCAAAAUAUAUAAAACAGGAAUUUGAAUUCAUGAGCAUUUACCAAGAGGUUGCUAUUACUUACUGAUGAUGUGAGGCCAUAUCUAAAACAACUAAAGGAAAGAAAUGAAGGUUCACUAUUCAGCUACCCAAAGACUGUCAACAUUUGGAUGAUGCUGAGCAUUGACUGGAAGUGCUGCUUUAAAUUCAAGCAAAUUUUAAAUUUCAUUUUAAAGAUAAAAUGGUCACAGAGAAUCUAUUUAGCCCCAACUUUGAUUUAGUUUACAUCAAAAAACCUUUAUGCAACCAGAUCAGAAAAUAUAGCUGAGAUUUUUAUAUACAGUGAUUUUGUGUUUAUGGUUAUUACUUAUUGAGAAAUUAUUUAGUGAUACAGGAAAGGUCUGUUUUCAAAUGUUUUGUGACAACAUUUGAAUCAGAGAUUUUAAAAAUCCACCUCAAAACCAAAUGCACUAUCUGCAAAUUAAAAUAAUCUAAAUGCAUAAACCUUGUGUGUCAUGCCAUGCAAGAGAUUGGCCUCCAAGCCAAGAAGCGCUCUAUGACAGCAAAUGGGCUUGACUCCAGAAGAUUCUGGAAAAGGUAUUUAGAUUUCUCAGCGUCUUUUAAGUUGGGUUGACUUGACAAGAUGUAAGUUUUAGGAAAUGUAACAGGCAUGACGAUGAGUUCCUCAGUAAAAGGCACUGCCAUCAAGUGCCACCUGUUAUUGUUCAAAAUUAAAUGUCCUGAAGUCAACACAUUUUCCUUGAAGUGCAGCUGAAUUGGCAUUUCUUCUAAUUUCCUUUUAAUUGGAAGAUGAAAAGACGACUCAAGCAUAUUUUAAGAAAGGCUUUAAAAAUUCCAGCAAGAACUUAAUUCAAGGCAUAUUGGCAAAGGAUUGUCAAAGCACAAUGAUCCUUCAAAUAUCUCAAGACCACUGGCUUUAAAUCCUGUAUUCAUGUUGCAGUAAGCUUAAUCUUUUAAAAUUAGGUGGUUAAGAAAUUUAAAUGUGUUUAUCCAAACUGCUGUCUCUCAUAUUUCUCCUCUGUGGUUUGGUGCUUACUGGAAGUUUGGGUACCAUAAGGAGGACAGAACAAUAUCUGGCACUCUGACCAUACAGCUACUCCCUGAGGGCCAAGCCCUGCCCACUCCUCAUGGCAGACCAUCCACCAAAGAACAAAAUGAAGCCCCUGGUUUUGUACAUCACUGCCUAGUUUUACUCUCUGCUGUUCUCAUUAUUCUGAGACUGAGAAAUAACACAAAUUCAACAUGAUUUUACUAGGAAUAUAAAAUGAAUCACCAGAAUCUAGUCUGCUUAAAACUUUGCCAGGGAUUAAAAGGAAUAAAAAAUGUGUCUGACCUCAAAGAACCUGCAACAAAGUAAAGAAAUAAGACUUAAUACAACUAUAAGAAGUGUUUAUUGAGCACCUACCAUGUGCCAGGCACUGUGAUAAAUGCUUUCCAUGCUCUAUAUAAUUUAAUCUAACUUAAUGCUUACAACAGCUAUAUGAGGUAACUAUUGUUACUAUCCUCAUUUUAGAAAUGAGAAAACAGAGGCUUUUAGUGGCUAAGUAACUUGCACAUAGAGCAAGUGUCAGAACCAGGAACAAAACCUAGGCCUGCCUCACAGCAGAGGCCUCACAGUUACCUGGGAUCUUGAACAGAUAUUUCGGAGUACGGUUGUCUCAUUGUGAAGCUUAUAUUUCAACCUCUAGGUGAGGAAAAAUGGGCUGUAUCUGAAAAGCCAAAGUUCCAUUCUAUACCCAGUCCAGAGAUACACAAUCAUGUUAAUCAAGGAAGGCGAGGGGUAAAAAGAAUAUUUGGCUUCAAAACGAUUGCAGAUACAAAAAAGAAUAAAAGAUGGAGAUGUAUAUUAAGGGGUGGGGAUAGUGUGAGCAAGGCCAAGACUUGGGCAUGAGUGUGGGAUACUAAGGGAGAAAUAGUGAAUUCAGUGGCUAUGACUUGGUGAGAACAGAUUGACUUUAUUUGGACAGUCUCUGCCACCCAUCCAGCACUAUUCCAGUAUUAAUCUUAUCACUGUGUGAAUAGUAAAAGAAAACCAAAAACUAAAAUUUUAAUUAAAAUGGAGAGACAAUACAGUAGUAUUUGCCAAACAGGCAGCCUGACCUACGAGUGCCCCUAUAGAAUCACUGUCAAGACCAAUUUCCAGCUUUGGGCCAAGGGUUUUCUCUAAGUGCCACAUUCUAAAUAUGGCCUGCAUCUAUUCUGAUUCUAACAAGCAGAUACAGCCUCCUUCUUCACUCUGAAACCGUCCCUCAUCAUUGUGUGCCAGGCAGGGUUUAUGAAAGCCAUGGCAGCUGUCCCCGCAGCUCUGUUGAGUAGUGCUGGGCAGGAGGUCCUACACUGUAGUUAGAGUCUCUGCCCUUCAGUGCAGAGGGUGCAGGUUGAAUCACUGGAGAACAAAAAAGGAUGUGAGUUCCUGACCCAGACCUCUGUGUUGUACUCUGGAAACUUACCUGAGCAAGUUAACCAGAGGUUGUGUAGGAGCACAGCUCGGCACCCUACCACUGGCAGAAGUUGAAAAUUCAGCCAAACAUCUGUUACCGUACACAACAUUGACUUAUAUUCUGAGUCUUUAUUUUUACAUGUGACUAGCUGAGGUUAGAGAUACACCACAAACUCUAUGAAAGACCCAGGUAAUUAAGGCAAAUGUAUUGUUUUUCUUGAAUCACUAGAAUGAUUGCUUGAAGUUUCUUCUUUCCUCUAUUUACAGCAACAACUGUAAACGUUUCUAUGGAAACUUUUUAAAAUACUUCGCCAGGAUGAAUAUGAUAACACCUAUUCACAAGUGACAAAAAGAUUCAUUUUGGAAUCAAUUUUUGUAGAAAUUUUGUACAACUGAGUAAAUAGAUAAAGACACUGACCAACUGUAUGAUAGGCAUUUUUUAUAUUAGUGCCACUUGAUAGAUAAUUUACCUAGUGUAAGUGGAUCAUAGGGAUAUUGAUUCAUGUUUUUCAAACUCUUUGAAAAUGACAGAUCAAAUAGCUCACAUAUUCAAUGGUAAGGGGAGUUCUACAUACUAAGAAGAUUACAUAAGUCACAGUACUAAAAAUUAGUUUUUCAGAUUCAUCAUAGUCAUAGUGCUCCCUAAGUAUAAUGUUAUCAAAGACACCGAAGUAAAAACCAGGAGAAAAUAGGUAUGUACAGAAUCUAAGAAUGCUUUACCUUUCUUCUUUUUCGAAUGCCCACUCUGAAAGCCAAAGGCUUUGGUCAUUGUCCACUGAUAAACUGUAGGAACAGUGUGUAAAAAGUAGGCAGACAGGCAUGUCCUCUAGUAAAUGCACAGAACAUUACUUUUUUUCCUAAAUCAUUAGAGGAAGCCUUGAUGAUGACAUUCGAAAAGUGAGUCUUGAACUUCACUGCCCUGCCUUUUUGUCCUCAUCAUUGUUCAUGAAAAUAGACUUUCAUAGCACCCCAAGAACAGACUCAGAAUAAAUAAAGUUUACUAAUUAUCAUGUCUGAGACUAAAAGUACUAUGGCAAUGCUCUGCUUUUGCCUUAACCUUUCCAGUAUUUUGUGAUUCAGUCAUCUGACAUUUACCUUUCACUCUUCCUCAGAAAAUGUACUCAGAAUAAUUGGAAAAGGUCAAAUUUCAGUGUUACCUUAUAUUUCAAAAAAUGUUAACAUGUCAUAUCGUCGCUACUAUUAAUAUGUAGAAGAAUAUAUAUACACACUAUACAUAUAUAUAGUUUGUCAUUAUAUUUAGUCUAUAACCAUAUAACACAUAUAUAAUAUAUGCAUGUUAUGUAUAUAUAUAUAUACACAUAUAUAUGUGUAUAUAUAUAUGAUCAAAGACAUUUUUCAAAGCAUAGUAAUGAUCUUAGAAAAAAACAUUAUGCUUACAAAUCUGGAUUUUAUUUUUGUUUCUUUUCUCACUUGUCCUUUUCUUUCUUUUUUCAUUUCAAUGAUUUCAACUUUUUUUCCUAGUCUCUAUAUGUUAUCUACCUCUUCUACUGAGUUAUUUUCAGUCUACUAGCUCAGAGUAUAGGAUCUAGAGCCAGAAAAUAUGGGCUUGAAUCCCAGCUCUGACAAUUACCAGCUGUGCAUUUUUCACUAAGUUGCUUAACCUUUCUGGGUCUCAUUAUCCAAAUUCCACGGAUUAAAAAAAAAGCUAACAUCAUCUCCUGCAUAAAAUUUCUGUGAGGAUGAAAUGAGUUAAUACCUCUUAGACUCAGAAAAUCAUACUUGGCACAUAUAAGCAUUCAGUUAAUGUUAGCAACUGUGGAGAAAGGAUAUGGUUCUCAAAUUCCUUUUUCUACCCUGUCUUAAAUCUCUCCCUCUUAAACCUCAUAAAAUCUUAUGACAUUUAAGUUUCAACUCAUGUUUCUCUGAUUGGUUGAUAUACAGUGUCUGGAGAAUUGUUCUGAGAAGGAAUCUGAGGCCCCUGUGGUGAAAAGGAGAAAAGAGAGAUAUAGAGACAAUUAACAAUGUUU